CAUUAUACCAUCGGUCUGUAAAAAAACCCUGGCGACAGAUCUUAUCCACUGUAUUUCUGUUGUCGUAAGUGGAACAAGUUUCGACAUAAAACAUGGAUUUUGAAAGCAAUCAUCAGCAGGUUUCGGUCACAGAAGAAAAUGUCUCUAAACCAAUGAUGGAAGUUCAGUCUAUUAGCAGUGCUACCCUUGCAGAUAUAGUCGACAAUGAUUCAAGUGACUUUCAAGAACAAGGUAAGAUCGCAGAAAACGAGCUUCCUCGUAAAGGCAGUACCAGACGAGCAAGGGAUCUAUUUGAGAAUCAACCAAUGGCGGACUCAGAAAGAAGCAGUCAUGACGUCACAGUCGUUUCCGAAGGAGUAGCGACGGCCAGCCGAAAGAAGUUCGAAAGCGGAAUGGUUUCGAAUACGACGAGCGCUGAAAGCCGACAGAUCGAUGAUCUACCCGAGGCAGGGAUAGCUUCACAAGCUAAAUCAGUGUUCGAAAACCGUCACCAGGGAUCGUACACUCGCUACGUUGACGAAGGCUUAAACGAGAUUCACGGAGGACUGGCUUCCUCCGCUAGGGAAGCUUUUGAAACUGGCCAAGUACAAAAUGCUGAAACUAAGAAAGAUUUGAAGGAUGAUAUCAAACCAGCUUCGGGACUGGCUCUCAACACCAAAACCAUGUUUGAGCAAGGAAACGUGAGUAACGUGUCAUCCAGCAAAGAAAGAGAUGAAGAAGGCGCCUUACCAUCGAGGGGAGUGGCUUCCAAGACACGAGAACAAUUUGAGAAGGGAAUAGUCAGUAAUGUAAGCUCGUCUAAUGAGAAUGGCAUUGACAACAAGCCAGAGAGUGGCACAGCGUCCAAGAAUAAGGCUCUCUUUGAGCAAGGAGAAGCCUUUCGAAGUGAGCAGAAAACUGUUGGUGAAUUGGAUGAUCUGCACGAUAUAGCCAGUUCAGGUGCUGCCACAACCGUGCGCAGUAGGUUCGAAUCGGGUGAAUAUACCAGAGAAGAGAAGAAAGAAAAACGUCUCAGCUUCAAUCCAGCAGCAGGAUCAUCGUCAGCAGCGAGGUCGUUUUUCGAAAGCGGACCCAAAACGACAUUCACAAAGCAAAAGGAAACAGAAGAAAUUCUAUCUGAUUCUGGACUCGCGCGYAACACACGCGCGCGCUUCGAGAAGGGUGAGGUAAUUGGCGCCGAAGGUAGUCCGAGGACACAGAAGGAUGACUUGCCAACUCAAGGCAGCGCAAGUGGAGCCAAGGCAGCGUUCGAGGCAGCAUCAGCUGAAAGGACCUACAAGAAAACAACUGACAUCGAGAAAGAAAUGGAGAUGAUUUCUCAGGCACUCCAGAAUCCUAAUCGCUUUGAUUACGACGAUGAAGAAGACGCUAAAGUUGAUAGGAAACUUGUUGAUGAUGAGUUGAAAGCUACAGCUGGGAAAGCAGCUGAAGCCAGAAAACGAAUCGAAAAAGGAGAAUUCGAGACACAUCAACACAGAACAAUAGAUGAAGAAGAACUACAAGCCGCACAUGGAUUGGCGCAAGAUAAGAAAUCACUUUUUGAAAGCGGACAGCUAAACAAACAAGCAAAAAAGACAAUCGAUGAGGAAGAUUUGCCAGUGUCAAGAGGAAUCGCUAUGAACACAAAAAGUCAAAUCGAGCAAGGUAGCUUGGUUCGAAAGCCAAAGAAAAUGAUUGAAGAAGAAGAACUACCAUCGUCCAAGGGGAUUGCGAUGGAACAGAAAAGAUUGAUUGACAGCGGCCAUUAUAUCCAAGCUGGUCACAAAACCAUUGAAGAUGAGGACCUUCCCCAAGCCACUGGUGCAGCGCAGCACCAGAAGACUCUUUUUGAAAAGGGGGUCUAUGAGCAUGCGCCAAAAAGGACCGUUGACGAAGAGGAAUUAGCGGUUGCACAUGGGUCUGCUAGAGAACAGAGGAUGUUGUUUGAGAAAGGAGUUCAGGAACACUCUACGAGGAGAACUAUAGACGAAGAAGAGCUGCAAUACUCCCGAGGAGCUGCAAGUGAACAAAGAAAGUUGUUUGAGCAAGGAGUCCCCGAACACAAAACGAAAAAGACACUCAAUGAAGAAGAACUUGCAUAUGCUAGUGGGAACGCGAGUGAACAGCGUCGACUAUUUGAAGAAGGGGGUGCAUUUGAACGAUCACCCAAGAAGACCAUGGAUGACGAUGAGGAACUAGCUGCUGCUCGAGGAGCCGCCCAGGAACAAAGGAGAAUCUUCGAGGAGGGUCAUCUUGUGAGUAAGCCAAAAAAGUACAUCGAGGAAGAGGAAUUUCCCGGAUCAAUGACAGCUCAGCGAUCGGCUGCCGAGAAGAAUGGCGAAGAAUUUGGAAAUGAACCCGAGGAAUCAACCGCGAAAAAAUCAGUGGAAGAAGAACUUUCCCAAAUCCGAGGAGCAACAAGCGAGCAGCGAAGACUAUUUGAACAAGGAAAUUUUCAAAAAGGUACAACGAAGAAAACCAUCGAUGAUGAAGACAUGUCCUUCGCUAGUAGCAACGCGGCACUCGAGCAAAAGAGACUGUUCGAACAAGGUCAUCACGAGAGUAAGGUCAAGAAGUAUUUGGACGAGGAAGAGUUCCCUGUUAGCAUGACUGGUCGAACGGUCGAAGUUGAACAAGACGAGGAACCCGCUAGAUACGUGUCAUCCGAUGCAAAGCCUGGUGAAAUACCAUCCAAAUUCACUUCCGUGAAUGGCACAGAGGAAACGCAUGAUCAAGAUGGUUCCGUGUCCAUCUCAGUCACAAGUACACAAAUCACUGCAGAUAAUGAAUAACACAAAAUAAUCUCUUAUAGCAUUUCUAGGCAUGCUAGACUCUGUCUCUAUCUGCACUAGAUCUUUAAAACAAAUUAUUAUGCAAAAGGUGCAUCUUUUAUUCAAAGUUGCUAUUUUUAGACGGUUUUUAAAGCAUGUUUCAGCAUGUUUCAGAGAAAGAUCCUACCUUACCAAAGUCUUUCACGUCUGAUUUCGUUUAAGUUUCGUUUCUAAAAUCAAUAGGACCUCUUACUUUGGAUGCCAUGUUUUCCCAUUCCUGAUAUCGUUCCAUUCUAUUGGGUGUAAUUUUUUUGUUUACGAAUAAUUCAGUCUUAAAGUAAAAGUUUAUAUUUUGUAAUAAGAAUUUUAUUGUAUUUUGAAGAUAUUGAUAAAUUGUUGAUGUGCACGCACGCAUGUUAGCACGAAAAAAAUUAGCCAAUUAUUCAUUUCUAGCUUGCAAGACUUCUAUUUUUAGCAACCAGGACACUUCAUGUCAAAUCAGUACCUUCUGAUACUAGUCAGAUACCUGCAUGAAUAAUAGCAAUUGGAAGCACGCACACUAAGCUUAAUUUUGUCAUAGCAGCAGGAUUCUUUGUGUUGACAGGCUGUGGGCAUCCCUUUGUGCAUCCCUUUCCAUGAAAUUCAAAAGACAUGUUCCGCACCAUGUUUGUUUAUGUUCAUGGCUUUGGAUCUAACGAAAUAUCAAGUCAAUCCCUUUAUUCCUUGAUCUUGUAGCAAUGAUAACAUGAGGUUGCUGUUUGCUUUAAUCCAGUACCUAGUAGAAUAAAACAAAAUUAAUUAUAUUAUUUUUCAAUAAGAAAAUAGAGAAUCAGAAGUGUCAAACACAAUGUAUCACUGAGCAAUGGAAAUCAUAUAAAAAUAACUAAAAACACA